UGAAAAAGAAAAAGACAAACAAGAGGAGGCUUAUCUUGGUAGCUAGCUAGCGUCAACGAAGAACGAAGUGGAAAACAAGAAAUCGAGGAUAAAGGGAGAGUUUGUCGAUUGCCUUCUUGUGAAUAUCGGAUAUGUGUUGAGAGAAAGACUAUGCGCUAACAUAUGUCAGUGUUACACGGUGCUGCUUGUGUUGUUUCUAGCCAGCUGGCUAACAGCUCGCUAUGUGCUUACUUUUACUAACUAGCCAGUCAGCCAGUCACACAAGCUGGAAAGCGAACCUAGGGGCCAGCUAACGGUCUCUGCCACUACUAGUACAAUAAAAUUAGGUCUUUUGUAACUUGCUGUAUUAUGUCGUGGUUAUAGACAGCUACCUUGCUAACCGGAUUCGUGUGGUUGGUAUUGUGCUAGUUAGUUACCUCACCGCUUGAAGAAGUCAGCUAGUUUAGGAGCGGCUACAUUGUCAUCUGGCGAAUUUAAAUGCAAGAGAAAAGCAGGAGACGGCCAGUGGGACAUGAGGCAGGUGGGCUCUGUGGGUUGUGAUGGAUAAGCCUUGCGAUGCUCGCAGGGACAGCCAGGAGAGAGAGCAGAUGCCCCAGGGUCGCAGCUCUGGCAAGAACAUGGUGGGAAACGGCGUGUGCCACGGGCUCUCCCACCACUCCAAGUCUGACUCUGCCCACUUCCUGAAGCAGCAGGGAGUUGGGGAAGGUGGUGACAUGCCAUGGGCCUCUCCUGAUGUGAGGGUGGAGACCUGCGGGGCCUUAGGGGAGGACUGGCAGGAAGAGGAGGAGGCCUCAUCUGUAGGGGCAGAGGCUGAUGCUGCUUUGAAAGAGGUGCUGGACACUGGGUCAAAGAAAAUGGCGAAAGAGUCUAGCUUCAGUCCUCCCCCCAAACUGUCAGUCUCCAUGUGCAGUAACGUCCAGGGGCCUGGAGGAAGUGAGGGGAUAGAGGUUUGGCAGCCAGGCCCCAAAGCAGAAAGUGGGGAUGAUUAUGUGCCUGAGUCCCCAUGCCCAGAAACCCCAGAAGAGGAUGGCCUGUUGGGGAUGGAGGAAGAUGAGAAGGUGGGAAGCAGAAAUGAGGAGACCCUGAGCCCAGGCCAGGACAGAUGGGAGGAAGCGGAUGGAGACGAGGAAGAUGAGGGAGCCGACGAAGACGCAGCGAGUGGGAACGAGGAGGGGAGGGGUUCGCAGACGGGUGGGGAGCUGGGGCCUCGGAAGCCAGGUGGGGGGAGGAGGGGGCGGGGUCAGCAGGCCCUCAUCUCCUCCUCCAGGACAUCGCUCUCUGCUGGGGGGCGGCACAAGCAGACCAGGAGGCGGAACCAUCACCACCACCAGGGGAGGUCCAGGACCCACGCGGGGUCCCGGCUUGCCGCCACCUGCCAUGAACUGCUCUCCGAGUCCCUGCGGCCCUGGCUUCUGGCUGGUCUCCACAUGGUGGUGGAGCUCAUCGUCCUGGUGGCCCACCGCUGCGGGGAAUGGGUGGAGACUGUGGGGAUCGCUGCAUAUGUUUGGGGCUUCCGCCUCCUCCAGAAGGCCACAGAUCUCCCCGUCAUGAAAGCAGAGGCCCUGCGCCUGCUGGCAGGGGCGAGGAGCCGAGGGGCCAGCCUGGUAGCCUGGAUCGUGAAGGCAGCAAAGAGAGGCUGGCGGGCAUCAGCCUCUUGUCUCUGCCUCCUCUGCACGGCUGUGCUGCUCAGGUGGGCACGAGCAAUGGGCCUUCUGGGAAAGCUGAGCGGGGAGAGGGGCCGGCAGUGGUGGGCGGCACUCCAGGACUCUAGGGCUUGGAAGGGCGUGGCCACUUUGUGGAAGAAGGUCCUGCCAUGGCCCACCCCCUCCACCCCAGAGUCCCCCAGCAGGGUCGGGAGGGGCCCCCCUGGGCAGGAACUGGAGAGGUUGCUGGUGCUUGCACAGAUCCCCGAGGAUGAGCUCGAUCCCUUCACUGUGCUGGGGGUUGAGGCCAGCGCCACAGACACAGAGCUCAAAAGAGCUUACCGACAGCUAGCUGUGCAGGUCCACCCAGACAAGAACAAGCACCCCCGUGCAGGGGAGGCCUUCAAGGUGCUGCGAGCGGCGUGGGACAUCGUCAGCAACCCAGAAACACGCAGAGAGUACGAACUGAAGCGCAUGGCAGAAACUGAGCUCUCCAGGUCCAUGAAUGAGUUCCUCAUCAAGCUGCAGGACGACCUGAAGGAGGCCAUGAACACCAUGAUGUGCACCAAGUGUGAGGGCAAGCACAAGAGGUUCGAGAUGGAGCGGGACCCAAGCGAGGCGCGGUUCUGCGGUGAGUGCAACAAGCGGCACAGCGCGGAGGAGGGCGACUUCUGGGCUGAGUCCAGCAUGCUGGGCCUGCGCAUCACCUACUUCGCCUUCAUUGACGGGAAGGUCUACGACAUCACCGAGUGGGCUGGUUGCCAGAGGAUAGGGAUUUCCCCCGACACUCACCGUGUGCCCUAUCACAUCUCCUUCAGCUCAAAGAGCAACAGCGGUGCCACACGCCACAGGACCCCGUCAGACCCCCCUCCCGGCCCAGCUUCACCCGUUGACCUUCAGGAGUUUUUCAACCGCAUCUUCCAAGGGGCGGCGCCCAAUGGCCCAGCUGCCAACGGGAGUUUUUUCCCCCCGGGGGCCCCGCCCCACCACCCGGCUGGCUCGAGCCCUGGGGCCAGUGGCCCCUUCUCUGCCCCGCCCCCGCACGCGGGCUUCUUCACCCCUAGUGGCCAGAGGGCGGAGCCUGGGGAGGCUCGGACCGAGGGCAGCAAGCCACCGCGCAGGAGGAAGAAAAUUCGCAAGCCUUUUCAGCGCUGAGACACACUUCCCCUCCCCCUCUUUCGGGAAGAACACAACAUGUCGUCCUCUCUUCCCCAUGAGCGAGGACCAGCUGAAGCCAUCACCGAGAGAGGGAGCCAGUGGUUAUCCCUGAAGUACACCAAUUGCACAGAGGGGGAGGUGGGGGGCGGGAGUCGUCGUGCAUUGGUCUGUUUCGUCAUUCCUGCUGCAGCCUGGGAAACACAGCCAUACGAUUCAGACCCUAAAGCUCGAGGUUACCACAUGGCAUGAGUGUUUCUUGAGGCAGUUCUGUCAGACUUUGCUUGCUUCACGAUUGCAUUUGGAUUUGGUCCUUGCGUUUCAGUCCAGUAAUCGGUGUGGCCAGGAGGGGUCACUGGUGGGUCGGUCCCCGUGGUUGAGCAGUUGACUGAAGCGGAUCAGGCUGAAGACACGCUGUGUGGUGCAUCUGAAGCUUGUCCAGCUCUCGCCUGCUCUACGGGGGGGGUGUGACCCCUGACCUUUUUCUUUGCAGCCCAGUCCCCUGUAGGGCUGUUGGACAUAAUUAAUGAACAGUCCAUGAACAGACUCCAGACGUGAUCCCAAUGAAGUGUUUUGCCACUGCCCGACAGCACAUAGGUCUGAGAUAAGGUGGGACGACAAAUGAGUCAAGCUGCUUGGACACGAAUGGUCCGCCUCAGCCUUUACCCCCUGUAGGCAGGUUUCCUACUCCCUUGACUCUGACCGACAGUGCAAAGGGCUAUCACAACCUCUCAAGGACCACACCACCCCCGCACACCCUCCGCAGCCAAUGUGAUCACCAGGCUUCACGCAGCUUGCAGGUGAAGCAACCCGAGUUUAAGAAAACUGAGGAACUCUCCCGGUAGUUGGUGCUGUUCCAGAUAUCAGGCUGGACAGGCACACCUGCCUUGGUCUGGAAUGCAAGCUCCAGCGCAGUGGCUCUUCAGCUGAGACACAAGAGAGGCGGCUCUCCUGUGAAUUAAAGCAGGUGACCAGUUUCAGGCAGGAAGAGUCGCACAUGGGUCCAGCAGAGAGAGCUUUCUCAGCCUCAGCUUGUUGUCGGUUUGGCUCCGUCUCAUUGCUGCCUGUUAGAUUUAUGUUUGUUUUGCUGGAGUUUGUUUUUCUGUGUUUGUUGUUUAUUUCCCAAAAUGGAUGUGCAUUCUAUCAUAGUGGUCUCUUGAUGAAAAACAGUCUGGGUGUUGAAUCUUCGUUGGGUCCUCAGAGCAGCGGAAUGCACGGCUAAUUGCACUUUUGCCUGUUUGCCUUUUUUUCUUCCAUAAUAACGGUUAUCGGCUUUGUUUUUUUGAUGAAAAUUCAGUGCUGUUGGUUUAUGUACUGUGGCUCUGCUAUGUCACAUUUCAGACUAAAGAGGGGGGAUGACUUAGAAAGGCCCACAGCUUGGAUGAAGUGGACUCCUCUCAAACUCUAUAUGCAAAAAUAUAUAUUGCAAAAAAAACAUCUGUUUUGACAAUCACUGGGGUUGAACAUGUGGGACAGUAUUUGUUGUGCUGGUUUUUGCAUAAGUGGAGA